AUGACGUCGAGACUGUUUGCGGAUAUCGUUGAUGCAAGCAAAUGUGCUAAGUUUUUCCCUAAGACCCCUUCUGCGGUUCAAGAGGUCGCAGCUGAGGCAAAGAGGAGGGCACUGGAGAAACUUGAAAGAAUUUAUUCCCUUUCCAGUGCGUCUCGAACAUUCUUAAAUACGGCCUCUGUAGCAGACGUUGCUGCGGCGGAGAUUGGCGUGUCAGCUUCUUUGCUUUCCGUUGCGAUGAACGUUUCUCCUGACGAGGCCACACGGCAGGAAGCGAAACAGCAAAUGGUUGAUCUACAAUCGUUUUCAAUUGAUCACUUUGAAUCAAACAAGCGUCUUUUUGAAUCACUUAAAGCCGUUUCUCAGAGUAAUGCAUACAGGGAUGAAUAUGUAAAUGGCGGGCGGGACAGGGAGUAUUCAUAUUGGCUCGAUGAGGAACUUAAGGGUUACAAGCGAAAAGGAAUGGAGCUACCGGACAGCGAAUUGGAGAAAGUUGUGUCGCUUCAAAAGGAACUUUCAUCUUUAUGUACAACUUUUUCUCGGAACAUAAGUGAGGACAAAAGCGAGAUUGUUGUCUCAGCUGAGGAGUUGGCAGGAGUACCUGAAAACGUUAUAAGUGGUCUCAGUAAGACUAAGGAUGGAUUGUUUGUCUUAAAAAUGGAUUAUCCGACCCUUUUUUCAGUGAUGAAAAAUUGUGAAGUCGCCUCUACUCGUCGGGAAAUGUCGCGUGCCGCGAGCAACAAGGCUUAUCCUGAAAAUUUAUGUGUUCUCAGAGAGAUUGUCACGAAGCGGCAGAAACUGGCGGAGCUUCUCAAAUUUUCUUCCUUCAGCGAACUUAAUCUUGACGACAAGAUGGUCAAAUCUCCUGAGGCAGCGCGAGCAUUUAUCGAUGACCUCGUCCCGCGCUUGCAGGAGAAGUGGAAAUCGGAGCUUGAGCUAAUACUAAGAAAUUUACACAGCAGCUGUGCUCUGACUGAAGAUGGAAGGCUCAGGGACUAUGAUGUGCCGUUUAUGAUUAAUCAGGUUAAAAAAUUCAAAUUCAACGUCAGUGAGACGGAUCUUCAGGAGUACUUUCCUCUUGACACAACCGUGAAAGGACUCUUUGAUAUAUAUGAAAGAUUUUUUGAUGUUACCUUUACCCGCGUUGAUAACGGUGACGAGCUUUGGCAUAAGGACGCGUUUACGCUUCAUGUGUUAAACAAUAAAACAAAGGACACACUGGGCCAUGUGGUGCUUGAUUUAUUUCCUCGUGAGGGUAAAUUUUCACACGCCUGUUGUAUCUCUGUUGUUCCUCCCGUUUUGUUGGAGGGCUCUGAGAGCAAGUUUUCUCCUGCGUUAUCCGUGGUUCUUGCCAAUUUCCCUGCACCGUCCGCCGAACGUCCGUCUCUUUUUCUUCAUGAUGAUGUGGUUACCUUUUUCCAUGAGUUUGGACACGCUAUUCAUUCUCUCUUUGGACGGAGUAAAAUGGCUACGUUUGCGGGUACCCGCGUGAAGAGGGACUUCGUCGAACUUCCAUCGCAGAUGCUUGAAGAAUGGGUUUGGGAAGUUGAUAUUCUCAGGAAUAUAUCUUGCCAUUACAAAACAAAAGAGAAGUUACCUACUGAACUUGUUGAAUCAAAGGUUAACACCCGAAAUACUUUCAGUGGUCGGGAUUCCCUAAGACAACUGGAGUUUGCUUCGUAUUCUCUGGAGUUGUUCAGUGCCCCAUUUGCCAGAGUGAAGGACAUAAAGGAGAUGGACACUUCUGCACUUAUGGCUGACAUUCGCAGCCGAAUAAAUCCACACAUUAAGUAUGAUGAUGAAACUCACUUUGAAUGCAGUUUCGGCCACCUUACCGGCUACGGAGCUGGAUACUACGGUUACAUGUGGUCCAAGGUGUUUGCUCUUGAUGUGUAUGACUUUAUCAAGAAUAAUGGGGGCUUAUUGAACCCUGCCGUAGGGGAGAGAUAUGUUUCUGAAAUAAUUGGUGUGGGAGGUGGAAAAGAUCCAAGUGAGAUGCUGAGAAACUUCCUCGGGAGAGAACCAAGCAGCGACGCUUUUUUCAAAAGCCUUGGUGUAUAA